AUGCACCGCUCCCUCGUCGGAAAGGGCACACAGCCAAUACCCAUCAUCACCUUCCGCACCCAGCAAUGGCCCAUCGCACACGCCACCGCAGUCGCCAUGGUCAUGAGCAGCUGGUAUCCCAUCGCCAUCAAACAAUGCGAAGACCGCUCCCUCGACCACCGCGUCCGCCACGGCCUCGCCGUCAUCGUCAAAGCCACCACCUGCAGGCACUUUCAGCGCUGCAUCCCAGAGGUCGCAGAGCGCUGUGGCGCCCAGGGCACAUUCGAGCACAACUACAUGGCUCGCAUCGAGAACGACGGAAAAGGCGUCAUCAUCGCAGAAGGCGACGUCCUCACCCUCUGCAUCAGGCUCUUCUCCGAGCUCCUCCUCAACCGCUACACAAUCCCCCUCCCCCCCUCCGACCACUCCCUCCUCGCCCACCACGCCCACUCCCUCCUCUCCGAAAACCUCUCCCUCCUCGCCUCCCUCCCAGGCGGACACCGCAGCCCCACCUACAACUCCCUCAUCCUCCCCCAAGCAGAGCUCGCCAUCGAAGCCAUGGGCCACGCCCUCGCCUACGCCGCCGCCCUCGCAUCUCACGUCCCCCAGCCCAUCCUCGACGUCUACGAAUCCGCCGUCAUCCGUCGCGACCCCGCCUGGUACUCCGAGCAUGGCGGACUGAGCCGCGUGCAGCAGAGCUCAGGGAGGACGCCGCCGUCACGGCGCUGA